AUGGCUAACAACCCGCCGCCGUUCCUUUUCCUCCUGGUCAUCUUCCUGUUCCUCUACCUGAGUCCCGAUCCCCAGGCUCCCGUCGCCUCCCGCAAGCUCGAGCGCAUCGUCGAACAUGAGCGCGCUGCUCUCACCACCCUGAACAACUCGACCUUUGGAGACCUACAAGUUGGCGUUGAUGAUGAAGAGCGCUGGUUGAACCUUACGGGGCUCAAGAAGGAGCAUGGCUUCCACUGGGAACUUCUGGAUUCUGUCCGCGACCGUGUCCGCGACCAGGCCCACUACGUUCUGGGAGAGGACACCGUUGGCCUGAUAGACGGGAGUAGCGACCGCUUUCCACCCGUAUACCACAACAUCACCGGCUUUGUCCAGGGCACUUGGCGCUCCAUCAAGACCUACACCGGCCCGCACCUGAAUCUGUCGGCCGUCACCCCGCAUGGCACGUACUCCUCCGAAGAGUGGACUCGCAACGUGACGGCUGCUGGCGGCGACAUCAGGAUACAUUUUGGCGAGAGGGAUCACGGCGAGCCCUGGAAUACAACGGCGAGAAGGGUCGCUGCCAGGGUCACCAUCGGCGAAGACACGUCCUAUGGCAACUGGUGGGACAUGCGCCUCCAUGGCUUCCACCUCGAGGACACCGGCACCAUCGUGCUGACUACCACGAGCGAGAAGUUUGACGGCAUCUUCGCUCUUCCGCACUUUACCCUCUCCAAAUACGCCUUCACCCUCGGCCAGGAGCUUCUCAACCGCACUCUGAAUGCCACCAUCGAAAAGCAGAAGUCUGGCGAGCUUGAAGACUUCAGCCCGUGGUCGUCGAUUGUCGAGGGCGAGCAAGAGCUGUUCUCUUUGCCACACUGUGAAUAUGUCAUGUAUCUACAGCAGCACCCGCUGCCCAUUCAUCUCCCAGAGUCAUCUGCCUAUGGGAAUGGACUCGCCAUGAAAUUCUUCGAGGACGAGCUGCGUAACCCAUACCGCAUCUCUCCCAAUCUGCCCCCAGAGAUGGUCAUGUCUAUGGUUGCAUUCUCGCCCGACUGUGGCUUCAUCAUAGAGUCCAGCGGCCCGCCAGACGUGCCGCCGCAAGAAGGAAAGCACCUGGUGGGUCCAAAGACCGAAGCAUACGCCAUGGUCGCACGUCGCCACAUUAUCCUCUUUGCUUUAGUGAUUGGAUCCCAACUGGUGCUUCUGGUGAGACAGAUGAAGGAGGCCUCGACUCCUUCUACGAGGAGUCGCAUCAGUUUCUACACCAUUGCGCUUCUCGCCUUGGGCGAUGGCUUCACACUUUUAGGAUUUGCCUUUGUUGGUAUGUCGUACGAAGCAAUCACCCUUAUCCUCCUUGCUACAGCCUACGUUGCCUUUCUAUCUGCCGUCUUCUUCGGCAUGGGCUUCCUCAAGGAAAUCUGGACCGUCCAGUCGGCCGAGCGUGGCAGAGAAGAAAGGCGGAGCAACGCAGCUUCUACCCGUCCAACCCCAACUGCCACUCAACCAGGCAGCAGAAGCGAGACACCAGCAUCGGCUCCAGUCAUUUCUGCAGCUGGAGCUGAUACACUUCCCCUUCCGGUUACCUCUCGUCAAGCCAUCAACAGUGGAGCCACACCAAUCAUCGUCCCGUCAGACCAAGACGUCGACGCAGAGAUUGCCGAGAAUGAAAAUAAUGCAAACGCCACCGACAACGAGCGCUCUGCGCGCUACGGCUUCGGAACAGUCUACUUCCGCUUCUACCUCCUGCUCUUCGGCCUCGUCUUCCUGUCUCUCCACGCAACGACCUGGCCAUCGUCCCUGCAAGCGAUAUACAGCACCGUCCUCAUCUUCACCUACUUCUCCUUCUGGACGCCGCAGAUCUACCGCAACAUCAUGCGCAACUGCCGGCGCGCGCUCCGCUGGGACUACGUCGUGGGCCAGAGCGUGCUCCGCCUGCUGCCCUUCUACUACCUGUUCGCCUACCGCGGCAACAUCCUCCUGCUAAAGCCCGACUAUACUUUCCUCCUCGUCCUCACGGGAUGGGUGUGGCUGCAGGUCUGCGCGCUCUUCAGCCAGGAACACCUCGGCCCGCGCUUCUUCGUCCGCGAGAGUUGGGUCCCGCCCGCGUACGACUACCACCCCGUGCUCCGCGCCGACGAGGAGGGCGCCAGCCUGCCCUCGGGCGGCAAGGUGCUCGCGGGCGAGGACUCGGGUCUGGCUUCCUCGGCUACUAAAGCUGGAGAGUCGAGGGACAAGGGGAAGAAGGUCUUCGACUGCGCUAUCUGCAUGCAGGACCUCGAGGUUCCCGUCGUUCCGGGCAACAGUUCAGGCGGCGAUGCGGACGGUAAUAGCAGUGCGUCGGCGCUUUCGGGCGGGUUGUUGGCGAGGAGGGCGUACAUGGUCACGCCGUGCAGGCACAUCUUUCAUAGCGUGUGCUUGGAAGGGUGGAUGCGGUAUAGGUUGCAGUGCCCGAUUUGUAGAGAGACGCUGCCGCCGCUGUAG